AUGGCAGACGUUGACAGCGUGUGGUUCUCCAACAUCAAGAAAGUUCUCCUGAUAGGCCCUUUCAUUCUGACACCAAAGAGUUAUGACAAGAAGCCUCCUGAGAUCACCAAACAGCCAGAGUCUGCCACUGUCUUCAGCCCUGACGACUUCUCCUUGUGCUGUGAAGCGUCUGGCAACCCUCCGCCCAUUUUUCGAUGGUUGAAGGACGGGGAGGAGUUUGACCCAGGCACUGACCCGGAGCUAAAGGUUACGGAGAGCUUAGGCUCAUUCGAAUUCUCCGUGCUUAGCGACAGUAUGGACACCCUAAAGCAGUACCAAGGCAAAUAUGUCUGCUAUGCAUCCAACGAGCUGGGGACAGCUGUGUCUAAUGAGGCCGUGCUCAGGACUGACGUUCCCCCGUCCCAGCAGAAAGAAAAAAAAGUCACUGUGAAAGCUGAGGAGGGAAACAGUAUUGUUCUGAAGUGUAACCCCCCACAGAGCUCCAUGGAGCCCGUCAUUCACUGGAUGGAUGAGCACCUACGCCAUAUCCAGCUCAGCAAACGGGUGGUGGCAGGGAAGGAUGGCAACCUGUACUUCGCUCAUCUGACAGUCGAUGACAGCAGAGAUGACUACACAUGCCACGUCCAGUAUCUGGCGACACGAACAAUCCUGGCCAAAGAAGCCAUCACCCUGAAGGUCAACCCCUCCAAUUCGUUACUGCGGAACCGGAGACCGCACAUGAUGACGCCUACUGGAAGCAACAGCACGUACCACGCCCUCCGGGGCCAGACCAUAGAGCUUGAGUGCAUCGUCCAGGGCCUACCAGCACCUGAAAUUACAUGGGUAAAGAAGAAUGGCGAGCUGUUGGAGUCCCGUGCCAAGAUAGAAAAGUUUGGCCGAAGCCUGCGCCUCAGUAAUAUCACAGAACGUGACAGUGGCGAGUACCAGUGCAUAGCUCAGAACACCCAGGGGAAGGCCAUACACACAUACAGUUUGACUGUGGAAGCUGCUCCUUAUUGGAAAAAGGUGCCAGAGAGUCAGAUUUAUGCACCAGGCGAGACAGUCAAGCUCGACUGUGAGGCGAAGGGUACCCCCUCUCCCACUAUGAGCUGGACCAUCAACGGGACACCCCUGUCAGCAACUGAUAAGGACCCCAGACGAACCGUGAUGGCAGACACAUCACUGAUCCUCAGGGAGGUCAUCUUUGGAGACACUGCCAUCUACCAGUGCCUGGCCUCCAACAAACACGGAACCAUCCUCACCAACACCUAUGUUUACGUCAUCGAGCUGCCUCCUCAGAUCCUAACUGAAGACAGGAAACUGUAUUCAGUUACCGAAGGCCAGAAGGUUUUACUAGACUGUGAGACCUUUGGCUCUCCAAAACCUAAAGUCAUAUGGGACACCGAGGUAUCGUCUCUUCUUGCAGGUCCAAGGGUAAACCCACUCACAAACGGGGAGCUUCAGAUAUUAAAUGUCACCCACGACGAUAAGGGUCUCUACACCUGCUCUGUACAAAACACCAACUUGUCAAUCAGUGCUGAGUUGGAGGUGUUCAACAGAACAGUGAUCUUGUCACCACCCAAGGAUAUAAAGGUGCAGCCUGGACACACAGCAGUCUUUACAUGUGUGGCCCAUUAUGACGCCAGUCUCAAAGUUCCCAUCAUUCAGUGGAGGAAGAACAAUACAAAGCUGUUUGAAUCCUCCAGCAGUCAAAAAUACACAUUUGAUGGGCCAGAAUUCAGAAUAUCUGAUGUGGAACCAGACGAUGAAGGCUUCUACACCUGUGAGAUCAUCACAUCACUGGACAAGGCUGAUGCCAGUGCCAUGCUCAUUUUAUAUGACCGACCAGAUCCUCCAGUCCUCCUCCAUAUCUCUGAUCCUAAGCAUCGAGCUGUCACUCUCAGAUGGACUCCAGGAUCCAACCACAACAGCCCUGUGCUAGAGUACGUUGUUGAGUUUGAGGACCAGGGUUUGAUAGGGAGGGAUUGGGAAGAGCUAAAGCGAGUAGAAGGGAACAAGGAGCGUGUUGUCCUCCACCUGUGGCCUUACAUAUCCUACCGUUUCCGGGUCAUUGCCAUAAACGAAGUGGGAAAGAGUGACCCCAGCAAACCAUCUGAUAUCCACAACACACCUGCUGAAGCUCCAGCCAACAACCCGGAGGAUGUCAGGAGUGAGUCUGUAGACCCAGAUACUCUGCUCAUCACCUGGGAGAAAAUGGACUACAGGAACUUUAACGGACCAGAUUUCAAGUACAAGGUGCAGUGGAGGAGAGCGGUGGGCAGUGGGCCUAAGUGGCAUGAGAGCAACACAACAGAGCACCAAUUUCUUGUCAACGGCGUUGGCAAUUUCUCCGCCUUUGAAAUUAAAGUUCAGGCUGUUAAUGCAUUUGGGGACGGACCUGAGCCAGACCCGGUUAUUGGCUACUCAGGAGAAGAUGUUCCACUUGAGGCACCAAUGGAUGUGGGUGUUCAACUGAUAAACAGCAUGACAAUCAAAGUAAACUGGUUUGCCGUGGACAGAGAGUCAGUCAGAGGACACUUGCUGGGAUACAAGAUACAUGUAACCAGAAAAGGCUCCAGGAGCCACCACCGAGGCCGACGGUCCAGGGAGUCCGAGAACGUUGUGAUAGAAGAAACUGGGCCCAAAGAAGUGGAGAAGGUCAUCAGUAAUCUUAGACCGUACUCCCACUAUGUUCUGACUGUCAGUGUGUUUAACAAAAAAGGAGAAGGACCCCAUUCUGAGCCUCGGGUCUUCAAGACUCCAGAGGGAGUACCUGGUCCUCCCACAUCUCUGAUCCUGGACAGCCCCUCAGAGACAGAAAUGAUCCUGCACUGGAAACCUCCUGCUCACCCCAAUGGCAUCCUUGUUGGAUACCUACUUCAGUACCAGCGGAUUACAGAGAAUGACGACAGCCCCAUGCAGGAAGAGACAAUCGAUGACCCCGCAGCCACUCACCUCACCCUAACGAGCCUGGACCGUCUCAGCCAUUACCGCUUUUAUCUGAGGGGGCGCACAGCUGCCGGGGAUGGAGAGUCCAGUAUGAUGACGGGGGCCACCACACUGGAAGGAGCACCCCCUGACGACAUCAGUGUAUCUGUAGGGGAGAACUUGGUAAAUGUCAGCUGGGAAGCCAAGAAGAGACAAAGGAAUGUUGGUUUCUACAUCCACUACCUGAAAAAGAACGAUGGCAACAAAUGGAAGAAGUCUGAGAAACUGAACUCCUCUCAGUCCUUCUACCAACUUCAGGGUUUGAGUCCUGGCUCUCACUAUCUCCUACACUUCAUCUACGGCAACACCACAUUCUGGGAUACUGACAUAAACACAGCAGGAACAGAAGUGACAGAGGUGCAGCGAAGCAUUGCAACGCAGGGCUGGUUCAUCGGAGUUGUGAGUGCCAUCGGACUUCUGUUGUUGAUUCUGCUCAUCCUAUGCUUCAUCAGGAGGAGUAAAGGAGGAAAGUACUCAGUGAAAGAUAAAGAAGACGGUCCAAUGGACUCAGAAGUGCGACCGAUGAAGGAUGAAACUUUUGGAGAGUACAGAUCUCUAGAAAGUGAUCUUGAGGAGAAGCGGACAGCGAGCCAGCAGUCUUUGGGUGAGGAGAGCAAGCUCUGCAGCGAGGACACCCUGAACUUUAAUGGCAGCAGUGCCAUGACCACAGAGCUCAACAAUGAUGAAUCUCUGGUCAGCCAGAUCAGCCGUCCAAGUGAGGGGUUCCAUAGCAUGCCUCAAAACCCCACGCUAAACCCCACCACUAUCUCCUCAGCCUCCAACGGCAUGCCCACUUCAGUUAAUAUCCUCAAUUAACCCCUAAACAUCCACCAGGGACCGUCAGACCAAAAUCUGUCAACACGUUUGUGCCCAUAUUCUCUCGCUCCCCACCGACCUGCUGUUUAUUUUGACAUCCAAUGUACAAUUUACUGACUACUCAGAUGCCCACAGCAGUCACAUGACUGAUUAGACUAUUGUGACCAAAGGAGAGUCCAAAGUGGUGGACCAUGCGACUCAAGCCUGACCCAUAAUCUUCUGUUUUCUAUGUAGUUUCCAGGCAGUUUAGCAUCUUUAAUUCAUCCCAUUUUUGUGUAUUUUUGUUCUUACAGCAAACAAAUGAAAUAUAAACAGAAUGUUGUACAUUUUAAAUAUCAGGGGUUCGUGGUGUAGUUAUAUAGAGAUGCAAAUCGCUGCAUUAAACAUAAGAGGAGGAGGAGGAUGGUGGAGCCCAGUAAAGGGAAACUAAUUGUAUACAUCCUGAACAUCUAUCAGGUCUAAAAUCAUUUCUGUGUAAUGUGUACGUCUCAUGCCAUUUAAUGUCUCACGUUGUGCUCGCCAUUCACAUUUUUUAGUUUCGAAAUUUGUAAUUAAACACAAAACAUU